AGGCACAGCCCAGCAAGCAGCUUGCAGACCAUGUGGGGAGGAGAUUAUGGGAUUGUAAAGAAAGCAUAAGAGAUGGCAAUAUGGGGAAAUGAAGUGAGGGUGUACGGGAAGAGACGUCAUGGUGGUGCAGAUAUAGCCUGGGGUCAAUCUAUAGAGGAUUUUGGGAAAGACUACAGGGUGUAAGGAAGAUGGAAAGGAGGGGAUGUUGGGAGGCUGAAUAUAGGGGUGCAGGUAUGGACAGAGGGCAUGGAUGGGGGUGGAUAUGGCUGCAGAAGCAUUAUGUGGGUUAGGAGUGGGGCCUGGGCUGUACUCAUGGUUGCGUAUGGGGUCUGAGGUGAUCCUGGAUGCCAAUGUUGGGAUGAGCAUGAGCCACCAGUAGCAGGCUUCCUGCUGGACAUCAUAGCAGAGCCUGCGUAGCUGUGCUGCUGUGUGCCACCCACCCAAGCCGUGCCUGUGUCAUCCGGGGCACCUCUGUGAGCCAGAGGGCUCCCAGGACCCUUGCAGAGUGCCAUGGCAGUGUAUCGUGACACGUUCCCGAAGUUUGCAAAUACGCUGUACGAUGUUGCCGAAAUACAGGAACAAGUGAUAGGUGGCUACGCUUUGUGAUUACAAGAUGCCCCUCACUCUGGAAACAAUUCUGACUAGCAGUUGUCCCAGAACUUUGCAGGUGAAUCAGGACAACCUGCGUGUCUCUAACAGUGGAAUAUGUAGGGUGGCUUCUCUAUCCCAUGCACGUCAAAUUCUGUCAUCGUGUUAAAGAUGAGGAGAUGGAUAAAGUUGCCUGGUACCACUCAGCCAGGUAGCCUGUAAAAGAUCCUGAAGAACCUAUUAUGGUGUGUGAGCAGCCUGGAGAGUACAGUCACAGGCACUGCCUUCCCACUGCAUUGAAGAAGGUUGUUUCUGGGGUGUUGUCCCGGUGCUCACAGUGGAGUUAAUUUUAUGAGUUAGGACUGCAGGCUGGUUGUACCUGGGAGAGACACGCCAAAGCCAAUGUUAGCUGGGGUCUUGGCUGAAUGUCAUUUUAAUGUGUUUGAGCUGCUGUAAUGAAACAUGGAAUGAUCUUCUUGGAGGCUGAGAGCUGUUUUUCAGGAUGUGAUGGUAUGCUCUGGUUCUGGCUGUAUUCUUGAGGCUUUAGGUGAGGAAAUCAGACUCCCUUGCGUUACACUAAUCUCCUUGCGCUCAGCAGAAGAGUCUGUAUGGUAUCUGUCUCCCAGUCAGCCUAGGUUUUGCUGCUCUUUAUGUCGUUCUUACUGAUAAUUAGGAAUCGCCAAAAUUGUUUGCGUUUUCUCCCUUCUUUAUCAUGAAGACACCUGAGACAAAAUAUGGUUUGGAUUCUGACGUUUGGGAGGGAAGGUUGUUUGACCGGAAGAAAAGCUAUUCGCACACACUGAUGCUUUGCGGUGUUAAGACCAAUUCUUUAUCUGAGAGAUGUAAAGCUGCAAAGUUGGUGUUUCUGUCCUGGUGUCGAGCUGAAUUCCUCCCCUAAUCCUGCCCCAGAGACAGGCUCUGAGCACAGGGAUCGCUUUCAGAUGCAAACCCCUGACUGUAGUGGUGGCUUGAACUUGAACUGGCUGCUGGGGUCGGUGCUGCAGUUCAGCUCAGCCCAGUUUGUUGGCUGCUCCUUUGGUUGCUGUGUGAUCCAAGUGCUGUUUUGCUGCAAGGCUGCCCUUACCCAAGCAAGGUUAACUGGAAGGAAUUAUACCUCAUCCAGCAGGAAUGGCUCACCUCUCUCCAGCUACAUUUCUUCAGGUGUAUGUCUUUUCACGCUAUUGGUUGAAGAUUUUGGGGUCAAGGGGGUGCAGGUUGAAGAGAUCUAUGAUCUGCAGAGCAAAUGCCAAGGCCCUGUGUAUGGAUUCAUCUUCCUAUUCAAGUGGAUUGAGGAGCGCAGAUCCCGCCGGAAGGUCUCUACCCUGGUGGAUGAGACGUCGGUGAUCGAUGAUGACAUCGUUAAUAACAUGUUCUUUGCUCACCAGCUGAUCCCCAAUUCCUGUGCCACCCACGCCCUGCUGAGCGUCCUCCUGAACUGCAACAAUGUCGACCUGGGCCCCACGCUGAGCCGCAUGAAGGAUUUCACCAAAGGAUUCAGCCCUGAGAGUAAAGGGUAUGCUAUUGGGAAUGCCCCAGAGCUGGCCAAGGCCCAUAACAGCCAUGCCAGGCCGGAGCCACGGCACCUGCCGGAAAAGCAGAAUGGGAUCAGCGCUGUGCGAACCAUGGAGGCUUUUCAUUUUGUCAGUUAUGUCCCCAUCAAGGGACGCCUGUUUGAGCUAGAUGGGCUGAAGGUUUAUCCCAUUGACCACGGGCCUUGGGCCGACGAUGAAGAAUGGACAGAUAAAGCCAGGAGAGUAAUCAUGGAACGAAUCGGCCUGGCCACUGCAGGGGAGCCGUACCAUGACAUCCGCUUCAACUUGAUGGCGGUGGUGCCUGACCGGAGGAUGAAGUAUGAGUCCAAGCUGCACAUCCUGAAGAUGAACCGCCAGACUGUGCUGGAGGCGUUGCAGCAGCUUAUCCGAGUAACUCAGCCUGAGCUGAUCCAGACCCAGAAGUCCCAGGAGUCUCAGCCUCCCGAAGAGUCCAAGCCAGCCAGCAGCAAGACCGUGACCCCAGAGAGCACCCAUCCAGACAGCACCGACGAGCCCGCCAGCCAGGGCCACCCUGCAGCCACACAGAGCCCGCCCAACAAAUCCAAACCAGUGGCAAAGCCAUCUGUGAGCAGCAUCAACGGGGCACCUCCAGCAAACCCCAACCCCAUCGUGCAGAGGCUGCCAGCCUUUCUGGAUAAUCACAAUUAUGCCAAAUCCCCCAUGCAGGAGGAGGAAGACCUUGCGGCCGGAGUGGGUCGUAGUCGGGUCCCAGUCCGACAGCACCAGCAGUACUCAGACGAUGAGGAUGACUACGAUGAUGAUGAUGAGGAGGAAGUUCGUAACACCAACUCAGCCAUCAGGUACAAGAGGAAAGGGCAGGUAAAGCAAGAGCACGUGGCGGCAUCUGCAGACGGCCAGCUUUCAGUCCUCCAGCCCAACACCAUCAACGUUCUGGCUGAGAAGCUGAAGGAAUCUCAAAAGGACCUUUCCAUUCCCCUGUCCAUCAAGACAAGCAGCGGGGGUGCUGCUGUGGCCGUUGUCACCCAUUCCCAGCCUUCUCCCACCCCCAGCAAUGAGAGCACGGACACGGCCUCGGAGAUCGGCAGUGCCUUCAACUCCCCGCUGCGCUCCCCCAUCCGCUCGGCCAACCCCACUCGCCCCUCCAGCCCCGUCACCUCCCACAUCUCCAAGGUGCUCUUUGGUGAGGAGGACGGCCUGCUGCGUGUGGACUGCAUGCGCUACAACCGUGCUGUCCGGGACCUGGGGCCCAUCAUCAGCACCGGACUGCUGCACCUCACGGAGGACGGCGUGUUCUGCCCUCUGGCUGUUGCAGAUGGGGGGAAAAGUUCCCCCCCUUCCAUCAAACCCGGUGAAGAGGCCCAGGUCGCUAUCAAACUGGAAGAGAAGGAGGGCAGUGAGGCCAGUGACAGCAAAGAGAAGGUGGGACUUGGCAGGACCAGUGAUCACCCUGGGGGGGAAAAGUAUUCUCCCAAGGAGCUGCUGGCACUGCUGAAGUGUGUGGAGGCAGAGAUUGCAAACUAUGAGGCCUGCCUGAAGGAGGAGGUGGAGAAGAGGAAGAAAUUCAAGAUUGAUGACCAGAGAAGAACCCACAACUACGAUGAGUUCAUCUGUACCUUCAUCUCCAUGCUGGCCCAGGAAGGCAUGCUGGCGAGCCUCGUAGAGCAGAACAUCUCCGUCCGCAGGCGGCAGGGAGUCAGCAUUGGACGUCUCCACAAGCAGAGGAAGCCGGACCGCCGGAAACGCUCCCGUCCGUAUAAAGCCAAGCGCCAGUAGCCUUGGAGUUGAGACUGUGAGAAGAAGCUGGGCCCUUUGGCUUUGGGCAGUGACACUUGGAUAUAUGUUACCCUUUGCCCAAGGAAGAGGGACCCCAGUGAGAAGCCCUUGGCUGGAUCCUCACUGCUCGCACUCUCAGUGUUACAUAAAGGUGGAGCCUGGGGGCAAAGAAAAGUUGGGUUUUCCUCUGAGCCCAAGCUGUGAAAGGCAAAAACGCCUUGUCCUAAGGGGAGUCCCUGUGGCUGCAGCAAAGGGCAGCCCUGGGUGCCUAGCUGCCUGACUGUGCCACGGCCACGUGCGGAUACUGUGGGCCCGUGUCUCAGCGCCCUGGCUGCGGACUGCGGCAGGAGGCGAAGAGCCCACCUGACUGGCGACGGACCUGGCAUUGUGGGACUCACGGUGAUGCUGACGCGCGGGGCUGUGCUGGCCACAGCUGGCUGUGGCUUGUGUCUUCCUGUGUCCAGGCCUUCAGCUCUGCACUUCCCCAGGACGUUCGAGUCUCUCUUUUCUAUUCCUCUCCUUCCAUUUACAAAGGUUAUCUUCUGGUUGUGACACGCUUUGGCUGUUGUUGCAGAGCGGAGCGGCUCCUGGACAGAGCCCGUUCUCCAGCACUGGUGCCCUGCAUCGACCUGCCUCUGCACUGCCGAGUUCCCAGAGCGGGCUGGUGCGUGGCCAGGCAGGAGGCAGGGCUCCCCUUUGAGCCUUGGUGGCUGUCACCAAGUGGGCACAUGUUGGCUCUUCCUUGGAGCUGGCCUUGAGCAUGGCCCUCUGUGGUGGCACUGGAGUGGGGCGUGUGGCUCUGCUUCCACGGCUGCUCUCCUCGGGACCAGGUCUGUGGCUCCGGCGAUGCCUUUGGGUAAUGCAGGAUUGCUACAAGCCCAGAGACACCCAGCAAAUGAUGAACAGACCAAGUGGGGGAGUGGUUGCGAGAUGGGGGCUGCUGCUUCUGUCUCCAGGCUUCGAAGGGAAUGAGCCAGGUGGUUCGCAUGUGUCCUUGGUGCUGCUAGGCCUGGCUCUGGGGUGGAAGCUGGACCUUAAGUUGGUUGGUGCUCUUGGCAGAGCCUUUCAGUGUGGGGAGAGGUGACAGCGGUUGCUGUAAAGCGCAAGGCAUCACUGAGCGAUUGGGACCGCAGCUCCAGGCAGGCAGAAGCAGUGGGGAGAGUCCAAAGCUGUUCUUGCUGCCUGAGCCACUCCCUGGCUGCAAACGGAGAGCUUUCUGGUGUGGCACCACCCCAUUUCGUACUGUAAGACGUUGUCUUGGCCUGCCCCUCGCCUGCAGCCUCGUACCCACCCUGUUAGCACUUCUGCAAAUGGUUUUCUCCUCCCUCUCCCCUGCAGCCUGACAGAAAGCUCAGAAGCUUGGGGUUAGUUCCUCUCUCUGGUGGUGUCCUGAGGUGUGGGGGGAAGGAACGGCUGUGACCAGGCAGAAGGGGAACAGCCACAGGAGAGGACAGAAUUUGCCAAAUGUGCAGAUUUGUACAGAUCUUGACUGUGGAAUGAAACUGUCUUUCUUGGUAUUUGUUGAAGGGAAGAAAAUCCUUGUCUCUCGCUGUGUCUAAUAUCAAGUGCUGUAAAUAGUGGAUCUGUCUGAAAGAAUAAAGCUAUCCUGUAACAGCAUCCAAGGGAGAAGUGUGUGAGGGAAGGGCAAGGUGCGUGUGCUGCUGGGAGCACAGGGUGUUAGAUCCACGCACCUCAGCAAUGGGCACGUCAGCCCCAGAGCCCUGCUGUGUUUCUGCCACGUUGGCAACUCCUCUGUGGUGUUAAAAACUUGGCAUAAUUGUGGGAAAAAUACAAUAGAUGAAUGUGA